AUGGGCGGCUGGUGGGACGAUUUCUCCAACAAUCUCGCAACCGACCUCUCCCCCUUCGUUACACUGUUUGGGGAGGCUCCCACCAAGCAGUAUCUGAGUGAAUGUCUAUCACUGGUCGAUGCCGUUAUAUUUGGGAUUGCGCCGUUGGGUGUCAUCACUGCCGUCGUAUCCGCAGUACGCGUUACCGGGCCACCAUCCCUUCGAGCAUUCAUCGGAAGGGCACAGGAAGGAAGCGGAAGCGCCGAGGCCGAGCUCUGCUCCUCGACGAGCCGCGAAGUGUGCGAGCUCUAUACUAACGGAGGGGGUAUAGCGCGGGUCCUGGGACACCCGAAGCUCCUAGAGAUCGUUCAUGACCAGCAUAUUUUCGGACAUGAUUUCUUCCGUUGCGAGUUCGAGCCAGCGGCUGCAGGGAUUUACCCCUUCAAACACUUUAUUUACCGGUCGGAGGAAUGGAUCGAAGAAGGCAGAAGGAAAACAGAGGUUGAGCCCGACGCGGAAGCGGAGGAACAACUUAAUGAACGGAAGCUGUCCUUUGCCCCGAACCCUAACCUGACUUUGAAUAUAGGGAUACGAUUCUAUCCGACACGGCUGUUGGUUAUUACAGCUGGAGUAGGGGUUUCUCUGCAGCUUGGUAUUCUCAUAUGGGCUGGAAUCGCUCGUUAUAGACUUGGAUGGACUCGGGGUGAUUUCCAGGAUCGCUAUGGGGUGCCGGUGCUCGUCAUCGGAACAGCCCUUUUAAGCACCGGGAUGGUUCGGUGCGCCCAACUGGUGGAAGGGAGCACGAAAGAACGCGUCUUUUCGCGGUCCUCGAGCUCGACCGCUACGUCGCGGCUUUAUUGGAUCCAGCCGGGUACCCAGUUCAUCGGCGACCAGGCAUUUGACUCGUUCGCAUACAGUCAUCCCAGCAAUCAAUUUAACCGGUACAUCACGUCUUGGAAAGACUCUAGAGUUCCUCCCAAAACCCUGGCCCUGGGGGUCGCUCUAGGCUUCACGGUCAUGGGCUUCGCAUUGCAGUUUCUGGGUCUCCGUGGUUGCCAUUCUACCGUUGCUGUCGCCCAGCUGGCACUCACACUGCUGAUGAGUAUGGUACGCUCAUGGCUGCGGAGCAGUCGUUUGGCUGAACGAGACGUCUGCCUGGCAGACUGCCCGGAACUUUACGCAGGGCGCGAACUGGACUGGCUCGCCCUGUACAUUGGGCAUAUCGACCUUCCAAGAUGCCAGAGAAAGUGGAUGGUUUCACCCUGGCGAUCCUACCAGAACGUAGAAUCCGUGACCAGCAGACUCGAGGAGAGCAGAUUGAUCCACACAUAUUUCGGCAACGAGGAAACAGCUGUCCUAUCUGGCUUUGGGGCCGAUAAUAUUGCAGGCUGGCCUAACCUCGUCAGUAAACAGGCCCACGUAUGGGAAGUUCCUGAGAGGUGGCGGUUUCGCCAUCUUAUUCAGUCCAUAAAUGAUAGGCCCGGGAUGGAGGAGACCGGCGCGGCAUUUCUGUAUCGGGCCCGAUUGGCGCAGCUGACGAGGGAUUGGGACGACCAGCUGGUUCGAGUGCGGGCUGUGGCGCGCUCGUUGGCGCGAGCAAUUGAAGCUACUGCGAACUUGCUCUUCACUGCCGACGGCAUUGUGUUGGAGGAUGGAUGGGAUGCACUAUUUGUCAUAUACUGGGCGGUCCCGUGUGAAACGACCACGGAUAGCGUCUGCCCGAGUUCCCACAUCCCACCUGGAAAUGAAGUCGUGAAGCCUCUCUAUCUUUCUCUGAGACGCAGCGUGGACGGCGACGGACAAGUAUCUGGUGAGUGGAGCGUGGACGCAUUGGAGCUGGAGGCAAUGCUUGGGCUGUGGGCGUGGUCCGUGACAAGCUCCUGCAAGUUAAGCUCCUAUGACCAAUUCUGUCGCGUUGCCUGGAUUGGCGGAACAAGUCGAUACACCGAUGAAUUCCAUUCUUGGGGUUGGGACCGUUUCGACCGUUGGGGCGGAAGCUUGGGUACCCUCCUUGACCUCCCGGAUGAUCAUCGGGAUGAUCCAACAGUGUUCGGUUGGCACCACAUCCCUGCGCAGACGGUGUCAGAUAUUGAAUUUGUUUCUUUUCGCAUUCCUGCCGGCUCCUGGCCUACCCUCUGCGCCCAGGAACUGUUUUCUAUUUUCUUCGCCUCCAUUCUGCACAUAGUCCGCGACCUUGGGGGCGCAACCACAGAAUCCGGAGCGGGCGAGAUCAGGAAUACAAACAUCACGCAGAUACAAAAAGCUUUUACCGACAACGGCUUGGGUUCUAUUUCCGAUGUGAUGGCCUGUAUCUUUCCAGCUCUGAAGAACCAGGGCAAACUUCCCCAGGUGAGACGAAAUUCAGACCAGGGUCCCUAG